UUGCAGCGGCGGUUUGUUUGUUUCCGGAUUAUCUGCCACGCCCCCGGUCACGUGAGGUCUGCAGCACUCGAGGCACGUGACGUGGGGAGAUCACAAAUCAUAAAAAUGGACUUCAAACUUUGGGAAAACAUCAAUAUUUUUAUUCUUGGUCGGAGCAAUUGUAACGGAACCCACGUCUUGUUGGAUGCCUGUGGCACAUCUUGAUGAGCACAGGAGUCCUCGGCUGUGGCCUGCGGUCCUCAUCACUGGAAAUUUCCCAGUUUGACAUCAACAGAUCCCAGCUCCGCCGCCAUGCAGCGCCUGACGGUCCUCGGCCUCCUCCUGGCAUGCGCCGCGUCUCUCUGCAGCGCCGCUGUGGUUAUAGAAAAUGGCAUGCCCAUCCUGUGGGCGCACACGGCCAGCCAAAUGACCGACCUGCCGAUAGAGAAUGGCGUUCUGAACCCCGAUCCCUGGCACUACCUUCACCGCAUGAGUCUCUACCGGCUGAUGAUAGCGGCUACAGAUCCGUUCAUGGGAUGCAUGGGCACAAACGCGACAGACAGUCCUUUCUGGGGACUGCCACUGCAGCUUGGAUGGAUGCUUACUUCAGGACGACUUGCGGAUCCAACCGGUGCUUCAACCUGCGGCCUGCAAACAGGAGAUACCAUGUGUAUCUCUACUCAGAGUUGGUGGGGCUGUGUGAACUAUUUUGUCUCUGCACUGCCCGUCCUCUCUGCCGCACAGAAUGGCUUCAUGGGACCAGGACUUCAGGUCCAGAUGCAGAUGCCUGCAGGUGUUGAGGACCUGUGCACCAACUACGCUGACUGUUCAGCUCGCUUCCCUGAUGCCAUGUCUAAGUGGGAUGCCUUUUUCCAGGGCCUCAAGGCUGCAAAUGAGUCUCCUCUACCCGACGCUGAGAAGAGAGACUCUCUCCUUGGUCUCUACUGGACUGCCCAAAUGGCUUCAACUUAUGCCUCUGCUGUUUGCAAUGCCAGGCAGAGCCACUACCCCUCGACAGAGGUGUCAUUUGCUCAGAGCUGGCUGAACUCAGCGGAGUACGUAUCUGCGGCACAUUUCCAGUCCAACAUGGCAAAAUCUGUGCUGUUCAUGACCCCUCUGCCAAGUCGAAUUUUACAGGAGGGCGACAGUGCACCCGACAUUCCUGAUCUGAGUGCGGAUGAGAACCACACACUGUCUAUCUUCGCCUGGAUGCAGAAGGCCAACAAUCUACUUGGUGGUACACUGGUGCGUCUGUGGGGAAGGGCCAUGUGUUCAAUGAACACAAGAGAGAAGGGCAAAGAGAUGCUGGAGCAGCUCCUACUGGAUUCCUCCUUCGUUACAUCCUCUUUCCUGUCCAUCGUCACUGGCAUGGCUACCAGCUGCUGAGACAAACACGAAAACACACUCACAAAUAGAUACCGAGAGAGAACUUAAUUUAUGUAAAAGUCAACACUUUCUCACCUGACUUGCUGAAAUGAAUCUGAUUUUAUUUAAUUUUUUUUGUGGUAAACAAUACAGGAUUACUGUUUUGAUUACUGUAAAAGUCAGGGCAAGAUUUCACUACAUAAGACAAGAUUUGUAAUACACAGACAUAACUGGCAUUUCAUUUUUCUAUAGAACUAAGUCGUACGUACUGAAAGUAAGUUCUGUCAUUAUUUGGUGACUGUAGCUCAACGGACAGAUUAUUGUGUAAAGCAGGUAUAUACCCCCAAGUGUGUAUCACAUGUUCUCCUCAUGCUCUUGUGAAUAUGUAUCCCAGUAAAUUUUCAACAAUU